AUGGACGUUGGUGCCGCACUUUGUAUUUUCCAAUCCACACUCUCACUUCACAUUCCCCCCUCGUCCGCACACCCCGCUGCUCUUUUCAUGACCAUACACAUGCUGCACCACCCACGUCUGUGUGCUCUCUCUCUGUUUUUUUAUCGUCAACACUCACAAAUUCGGGGGCGUGCCGAACAUCUUACAGCGAGAUGCAGUGAGAAUUCUCCCAGCAACUCACUCUUUUUAGGCACUCAUAGGGAUAAUACCCUUGCCAAGUUUAGUUGGCAUCUUCCAUCAAAAGCUGCUGUGCAGAAUCAAACACGGCACCAGAACUGGAAGUCGUGCUUCAUCCCUUCAUUAUACGUGUGCCACCACAUCACUGAGAAAGAAAACACCCAAUAA